AUGGCAGCUGAAAAGACUGAAGUAUCCCAACAUGAACUCAUUUCUGCAGUUGCAAAGCGUCCAGAGAAGCGCAGUAUCGACUCAGUCAAUCUGGAUUCCUCGGAAAAGCAACCUCUUCGACAUGACAAGGCUGGCCUGCCUCUUGUACCGCAACCAACGAACCGCAAAGAUGAUCCUUUGAACUGGUCACCCACUCCCAAGUUGCUCGUCACAUUGCAAAUCAGUUGGCUCGCAAUGUUGGGUCCAAUGGGCUCUGCGGUCGCGAAUCCGGCAUUUGUGCCAAUGAGCAAGACCUUCGGUCUCAGUGUCGUGGAAGCGUCCUACGAGUUGACCGUAUAUAUUGUCUUCGGCGGUAUUGGACCCCUAGCUGUCGUGCCCUUCGCGAAUAUCUAUGGUCGCCGCCCAGUGUACUUGCUGGGGAAUUUAGUAGCAGCCAUUACCAACAUCGCUGCGGGAUAUUGUCACACAUGGUCAGGUAUAAUGGUCACGCGGGCAUUUAACGGUUUAGCGGGUGGCUCAACCGUCGCCAUCGGCGCCGCAACAAUCUGCGAUCUAUACUUCCAGCACGAGCGCGGUCUCUACAUGGGUAUAUAUACAUUCUUCUUGACCAACGGACCACACGUGGCUCCUCUUCUUGGAGGAUUCAUCGCCCAGUCCUUGGGCUGGCAAGCAUGUUUUUUUAUUCCCGGCUAUAUCCAACUCGGCACCUUUGUCCUGACAAUAUUUCUUCUGCCUGAAACCCUUUAUCCCAGGAUGGAUGACUCUUUCCUAGAGCCAUCCAAGGAGCUCACCUACAUCGAGCUCCUGCUAUUCAAACGCACCAGAGUGGUUUAUCGCCGGCUGCGGCUACGUGACUUUACACGGCCAUUCGAGAUGCUGAGGUACAUAGCUGUGAUCCUCCCGUCCGUCUACUACAUGACAUGCUUUGGCUAUGGCACUGUGCUCUUCGCCCUGACUGGCGCGAAGCUCUUUGCCCAACUCUACCAUUUCGACAUCGCACAGACGGGCUUACUACUCAGCAUUCCACUCCUUGUUGGCUGUUUGAUCGGCGAGUUCAAUGCCGGCUGGGUGACGGACUGGAUGUCAAAUCGAUAUGCUCAGAAGCAUAACGGUGAAAGACUGCCGGAAGCACGGCUGAAUGCCAUUUGGGGGGCGCUUUUGAUCCCGGUUGGUAUCAUCAUCGAAGGCGUUUGUCUGUCCCACAGCAAGACCGUCAGUUGGGUCGGUGCUGCCUUUGGAAUGGGCAUCGCUGGUCUGGGGUUGCAGAUAGCAACCACGGUGCUGUAUGCGUACACUACAGACUGUUAUAAACCCCAGAGCGCCGAGAUCUCGACGUUGCUAAAUGUCUUCCGACAGUCUUUCUCGUGUCUGAUCUCCUUCUAUGCCCUCCCCUUCGGCGCCAAAGUGGGAAUACAAUACGCGUGGCUUACGUUUGCGCUGAUCAAUGCUGUUCUAUUACUUCCGAUUCUCUUGCUGAGCGUUUACGGUCCACGACUAAGAAGUCUCCCAUCGCAGUCGCCCCCAACAUUUCACAAUGAGCUCUGA